GGGGCGUGCACGGUUGCCCUGGAAACCGCCUCCGGCCUUGGAAGGGCUCGAUGCCUUCUCUGGCUGCUGCUUCUGAGGCUGGAGGAGGAGGAGGAGGAGGAAGAAGAGGAAGAGGAGGGUCACCGCAGGAGGCGUCGCGGGGUGGGCGAAACUCUGAUUCGGAGGCAUGCAAAGCUCCUGUGGAGACACUCCCUAAAAAGACGUUAUUCAAAGACCGCAUCCAUGAUGUCCAAGGAGAGCGGUUCCUGAAUCAGCACGUCUGGGGGGCUACAGCAGAUGGUGCUUGACCAAGAAUUUCUACAGCAUAGCGAGCAAGAAUGAUGCCUCCCAUUGUAGCUGAUGUCUAAAGUUCGCCUUAAUGAAUGCAGUGUUUGGAACCAUCCCCAUCCUAUUCAGACACCCGUCUGUCUAUGGCCUGUCCCGAAUCACCAACAGCCUGUUCCUUAGCAAUGGCGAGGCUGCCAAUAACAAACUCUUCCUCUACGCCAACCGGAUCACCACAGUUAUCAACAUUUCGGUGGAGGUGGUGAACACUUACUUCCCAGACAUUUACUACAUACACGUCCCUGUAACAGACUGCCCCUCAUCUCGCCUUUUCGACUUCUUCGACCCCGUAGCGGAUAAGGUCCACGCCGUGGAAUUAAACCAAGGCCGGACGCUGCUGCACUGUGCUGCAGGCGUCAGCCGGUCAGCUGCCCUUUGCAUAGCCUACCUGAUGAAGUACCAUUCCAUGUCUCUGGCCAACGCACAUGCCUGGGUCAAGUCUUGCCGCCCCAUCAUCCGUCCAAACAACGGCUUCUGGCAACAGCUCAUCCAAUACGAGCAGAAACUCUUUGGGAAAACCAGCGUCAGGAUGGUCGAGUCACCACUGGGGGUGAUCCCUGACCUCUAUGAAAAUGAAGUCAGAGUAAUGAUGGCCUUGUGACAAUUACAGAACUCGCGCCCUCCACGCACAGAGGGCGCAGCGGAGCUAAAUGAACAUCGACGCUAUCUUUACUAAGUUUGAAAUUUGUCAAACUCAGUGCAGCGCAGAGCACGGUUGCCUUACAAGGGAGAGGGAUUUGUUGACAAGGGGAUCCUCCGUAUGCGGAUGGUGUUUC